AUGUGUCGCACAGAAAUCCGGCUAGCACCUGUGAGUUUCUUGUACUUCCUGGCUGUAAUGUGCGUGACAGCCCCGUUCGUUCUAGCUCAUGAAGCGGAAAUCCAUGGUUGGGACUCACAAGGGAAAGCAGCUGAUGCCAUCGGUUCUCUCUUUUCUGGUUCGGAAAUGGUAAAAUUACAAGCGCUUCUCAAAAACAUUCCCCCCGCCGAGCUGCAGAAAGUUGCUAGCCAAGUAGUUAGCGACAUAAAUGAAAACCAUACAGAGUUAGAAAAACGAAGAUCUAUCCUUAAGGCAAUAAAAGAAAAGGGUCUGCUUGAUACGUGGAAAGAAGAUCUAGAAAACCUGAUUUUUGACGACAACGCCCUUCCGGCUGAUGGAUCAGACGAGAAAGCAAAGCAAUUCCAGGAUAACUUGAAAUGCAACGAAAACCAUGGAAAAGGACCCUCAACACCUCAUGUACACUUACCAGAAGAACCUUUGGGAAGAAAUAGUGAAUCGUCCGUCCAUCGUUCGUCGGGUAAUCCAGAGUCGAACGGAACACCAUAUGUUAACCAGGAACAAAUAGCGAAGAAUGAUGUGGAUUAUCUAUUUCAAGUGGCCGAGGAGGAACUUGAUCAACCAGCAAUGAAGCUUCAGCCACCGAAACAGGUCCCAACAGCUUAUAAAACUGCCUCGAAGCCUGCGGCAUCAUCUUCGCAAGAAAAAAGAAAGGAAAGCAACAAGAAACCUUAUAAGAAAGUGAACCAAGAAGAUCCUCUUGAUGUCUUGGUUGGUAUGGGCAAGAAAUUGCUGGGCCAAGAAGAUAGCAACCCUACUCUGAACAUUGUUGCAAACAUGGCGUCUGCCUACAUCAAGAAUAUGGACAACUCCGGAAAGAAAAAGAGUGGAAACAAUGGUCCUGAUUUGAGCUCGCUUUUGCAGUUGGCAUCUCUUUUUGGUGGUGGUAACGCAGGUCAAGGCAAUCCUCUACAAUCCGUUGCCUCCUUAUUGGGUAAUUCCGGUAUGGAUAUGAACCAGCUUCUUCAAAUGGGCUCGGCUCUAAUGGGACAAGGUUUGGAGGCUCCGGCUAGCCGUAGAAGCAAAUCUUCCAACCCCAUUGCGGAAAUGCUCAUCCGUCUCGUAGCCAACUUCCUCAACAUGGAUUCUGUCGUCUUAUUGGAUUAUUACAACGGGCUUUCCAAGUUGAGUGAAGCCAAAAGCUGGAAUGAAAUCAAUGCCAUUCUACGUAAAACUACUGGGCUGGAUGUUGAGACCACACUGGAUUUACUGAUAAACGAUGAUGUCCGCCAACAGCUCUCUGACAGCGCUACAUCCUCCUUAGCCCACUGGCUGCAAGCUUUCUUGGAUCCUGACAGUAUCCAGAACAAAAUUCUUUAUCUUAAUGCUUUCGCGUUCCAGUACAAGUAUCCGCUUGUCGAUCCCAAGAACCUCGUCGAAUCAUUUUCUAUGUUGGUUGAACGGCUAUCUGAAGAUUAUUUGAACACAAAGCUAAAUUUGAGACCAUACUUGAAGCAAACGGAAAAACAACUGAAAGGAUUGUUACACAUCGAAGGACCCGAGCGCUUGGACUUCCACAAACUAACUGAAAAUGAAUUGUCAAUGGUUAUCCAAAAUACGAUGAAAAGUAAAAUAUUUGAUCCGCUAGCUGAUCUCUGGACUGAUUUCCGAUAUGCGUCUCGUUUUCCUAAAUGCGCACGCACCAUUAUGUGCUUACGGAAUGUUCCAUCAAACUCUGCGCAAUCUGUGGAAGAACUUAAACAGGGAUUCACUCGAGCAAUGAGUACUGUUGUUGUUUGGGCUUUGAGCAAAACGAACAACAGGGGAAUGCCAACUUUCGAUGCUCUGUACCAAGCUGCGUUUAGUGGCACUACAGAUUGCAAGGCCAAGUAUCGAGAGAACUGUGAUCAGAUUCUAAACGGACCUCUUCCGUCAAUGCGGCUAGACUAUGAACAUCAUGAACUUUGAUUUCAUAUCCGUCUUCUGUAAAUUCUCUUAUACAUUAAUCGUGUCUUUAAAUUUUAGUUCAAUAUUUUCUAGAUAUUGGGAACUUUCCCGAGUUGUAUUUAAUAUUAAAAGUGGAUUGAAUUAUAUAUUUCAAUCCGCCAUAAAAAGUGAAUAUACAAUGUUCUCUAAUCGA